AUGACUCCGCCAUUAUGUCCAAACUCGCCUCCUCUCUCUCCCCCAACCCACCCACCUGGGGAUUGUGAUCCACAAGUCACGGCACUUCUUGAUGUUGCUGGGGCCAUUGGGUAUCCAAUGCCUUUAGCUGAGUCUUGGGUGGGUAAUGAUGCUUGCCAAGGAUGGAUAUUUGUCACUUGUGAUUCACAUGGAAAGAAUGUGACCAUUGUGAACUUUGGGAAGCAGCGUUUUUCAGGUACUAUUUCGCCUUCAUUUGCCAAUUUGACCUCAUUGAGGAGUUUGUAUUUGAAUGAUAAUAAUCUCAUGGGUUCAAUUCCGGAUAGCUUGACAACUUUGCCUCAGCUUCAAAAUUUUGAUGUGUCUAAUAAUAAUCUUAGUGGGCCUAUACCGGUUUUUCCAUUGACAGUGAAGUUAAGUACAACUAGUAAUCUGUUACUUGGGAAAAAUACUAGUUCGGGUAGUGGUGGGAAUGGUGGAACACCUGGUUCUGGAUCGGAUUCCAGUGCAGCCGGUGGUAGUCCAUUUGGGAGUAAAAAAGGGUCUUCGGUUUCGGUGGGUAUGGUUGCUGGUCUGAUUAUUGGUGUUGUGGUUUUUGUUGGGGUUGUAUUUUUUGUGUCUUACAAGUGCUAUGUCAAGAAAACACAUCAGAGAUCUGGGCAGGUAGACGGUUCUGAGAAAGGAAAUGAUAUGGUGAAGACUGGCAUUGAUAUGAAUGGUCAUGGCGCUGUCCUGAGUGAAAUGCAGAGCCAGAGCAGUGGUGAUCACAGCAAAAUGCCUGUUUUUGAUGGUGGGAAUGUUGUGAUUUCGAUCCAAGUAUUAAGACAGGUGACAAACAAUUUUAGUGAAGAUAAUGUAUUGGGUAGAGGAGGAUUUGGAGUUGUUUACAAGGGGGAAUUGCAUGAUGGGACUAAGAUUGCAGUGAAGAGAAUGGAAUCUGUAGCAAUGGGUACGAAAGGACUGAAUGAGUUUCAAGCAGAGAUUGGAGUUCUUACAAAAGUUAGGCAUAGGCAUUUAGUUGCUCUUCUGGGAUACUGUGUAAAUGACAACGAGAGGCUUUUGGUGUAUGAGUAUAUGCCACAGGGGACUUUAAGCCAGCAUUUGUUUGAACGGCAGGAACAUGGGCUCCCUCUUCUUACUUGGAAGCAGAGAGCGACAAUAGCAUUAGAUGUGGCUAGGGGGGUUGAGUAUCUACACGGCUUAGCACAACAAAGUUUCAUUCAUAGAGAUUUAAAACCCUCAAACAUACUUCUUGGGGAUGAUAUGAGAGCCAAGGUUGCAGAUUUUGGUUUGGUGAAAAAUGCACCUGAUGGGAAAUACUCUGUUGAGACACGGUUGGCAGGAACAUUUGGUUAUCUUGCACCCGAGUAUGCUGCUACUGGAAGAGUGACUACAAAGGUGGAUGUUUAUGCUUUUGGAGUGGUAUUGAUGGAAAUAAUCACUGGUAGAAAAGCAUUAGAUGAGACUGUGCCAGAUGAGAGGGCUCAAUUGGUCACAUGGUUCCGCAAGGUGCUUGUCAACAAGGACAACAUUCGAAAGGCUAUUGACCAAUCCCUUGACCUCGAUGAAGAAACCUUUAAUAGCAUUUGCAGGGUGGCUGAGCUGGCAGGUCACUGCACUGCACGCGAGCCAUUUCAGAGACCAGAUAUGGGUCAUGCAGUUAACAUACUGAGUCCCCUCGUAGAGCAAUGGAAACCUUCUCGCCAUGAAGAAGAAGAAAGCAGCUAUGGCAUUGACCUCCACAUGAGCCUUCCUCAAGCCCUUCAAAGAUGGCAAGCUGACGAAGUUACUUCCACAAUGUUCGGUGGUCAGUCUUACAGUCAAGCCCAUUCAAGCAUUCCUUCAAAGCCUUCUGGAUUUGAAGACACGUUUGAUUCAACAGAUUGUAGAUGACGGAAAAGCAGAAUCAAGAUCCUUAAAAACAAAGAAAGGGCACCCACCAUAUCAAGCAGGAGGUAAAAGGAAAGUUUGGUCACUGUUUGUCCUUUUAUUCACUGAAGAAUACAUUUAAAAUUUUGAUUUUUCCUGUAUGUAUGAUCUUUUGUUUGUUCUUCAUAUUGUA